CCCCCGGCCGCGCACGUCCCCGGAGCCGCAGCCGCAGCCGGGCCGGGCCUAGGCGGGCGGCGUCCCCAUGGCCGCGGCGGGCUGGCGGGACGGCUCCGGCCAGGAGAAGUACCGGCUCGUGGUGGUCGGCGGCGGCGGCGUGGGCAAGUCGGCGCUCACCAUCCAGUUCAUCCAGUCUUACUUUGUGACGGAUUACGACCCGACCAUUGAGGAUUCCUACACCAAGCAGUGCGUGGUAGACGACAGAGCCGCCCGGCUAGAUAUUCUGGAUACAGCAGGACAGGAAGAGUUUGGAGCCAUGAGAGAACAGUACAUGAGAACUGGCGAGGGUUUCCUGUUGGUUUUUUCAGUCACAGACAGAGGCAGUUUUGAAGAAAUCUAUAAGUUUCAAAGACAAAUUCUCAGAGUGAAGGAUCGUGAUGAGUUCCCAAUGAUUUUAAUUGGUAAUAAAGCAGAUCUGGAUCAUCAAAGACAGGUGACCCAGGAAGAAGGACAGCAGCUGGCACGGCAGCUGAAGGUCACAUACAUGGAGGCCUCAGCAAAGAUCAGGAUGAAUGUGGACCAGGCUUUCCACGAGCUCGUCAGAGUCAUCAGGAAAUUUCAAGAGCAGGAAUGCCCCCCUUCACCAGAGCCAACUCGGAAAGAAAAAGAUAAGAAAGGCUGCCAUUGUGUCAUUUUCUGAGAACGAAUCAUACCUCCUCCCGACUGCCGGGAAAAGCCCUGACCUCCUCCUCUCCCCGUGGUUUGCAUCCUCUGUCGGUACCUUCCGAGCCUUAGACAAAUGGUCACCAUGGUAGCCUUGGACCCAGAAACUGGCAUCUUCUUUUCACAAAGCGAAUUCUCUGGUCAUUUCAAGACAGACAUAAAGGAAACACUAAGGCUGCUUCGAAGAUUAUCUGAAUCUUUAAGAUACCUGUAUACUCAGACAUUCUUCUUCUUUUUUUUUAAGGGCUUAUAUUUUAAUAGGGAAGAAUCAGUUGUUUGCUAAACUGAAGUCCUAUAUUGUGAAAUAACUUUUAACUUCUGGAAUCAUAUUGCCUACUGAUAGUCUGUAUAGAAACAUAAAGAGGUGUUUUUUUUUUUUUUAAAUGUGAAUUUUUGCCUAUGUUGAAAAAUUUUGAUGUCAACGUUAGUUAUCCUUAAAUACACUGAAUUGAACCCACAAAAGUCAAACAUCUCAGACCUUUCCCGAUGCCACAGUCUUUGUUUUUCAAUGGCCAGAAUAUCAAAAUGCCUGUUGUAUUUAUAGAUUAAAAAAGUACUUAUAGAUCAUUUAUUACUAUUAUUACUGGUAAAGAUGAUAAUAUUCUUUGUGGCCAAAUAUUUGGAAUCAUUCUGGACUUAGGCGUUUCAGUGUUCUUCUUCUUAUUAUUAUUUUAAUUUAACUUUUCAUAGCCUUGUUAAGAGUAAAAAUAAAUAAAUUUCUGUUCAUCUUCCUUUUCAAGUAUUUCUGGAUAAGGGAUUAAAAAAAAUAACUAAAAUUGUUUUUGUCUGUAAUAUAAAAUGUGGAAUUGAUCUUUCCAGGGUCAGAGAUGAUGAAUGUUUUUGCUAUAUACUUUUAUACAUUAUUUUCUUAUCAAACUAGUUAACAAGUAUUUUUAUAUGUUUGUAAGCAAGUAUGCUUUCCACAGCAUACCUUGUGUAUAUGUAAAGAAAAAUAUUUAAUUCUCACUGUUCACUUUUAACUGACAAAGAAAAAAAAAGUGAAAACUACAGAAACUCUGGUAGAACUUCACUUGUUUGGCCCCAGUUGCACCCGUCUCUGGUCAGUCACGUGACGCCCGAGGAAGCCUCCCGGUGGAGUAGCACAGGAUAAGAGCCUGCAGUCACUCUCCACACCCCUAACCAGAUGUCAACCGUUCUGUCCAGUAGUCAGUGUGAAUCUCUGACUUGGCAGUUAGUCUCACCGUGGACGGCUUCUGAUCUUGUCUUUUCACUCUGUGGAUUGCGUCUCAACUGUUUGAAAGCGUGUUCCUGAUUUGGAGAUGCCCAGUGGUAUCACACAGUUGUCACUUUAUUGAAACAGCCCCGUGACGUUUAGUAAAGCCUGCCCUUGUAUAGCUUCAGGGUGCUAGAAUUAAAAUCGAUCUGUUAUCACAA